GCGCUGGCGAGGGGCGCAUCCCCGGGGCCGCGGGGCGGGAGCGCCGGGCGCGGGCAGCCGGGGCCGGAGCGGGUCUGGCACACGCCGCUCCCGCAGCAGGCCCGUGCCAGCCCCGGUGCCAGGGCUGCCCUGUGCCCUGGGCACAUCGCGGCCGCUGCAGGCCCGGGCUUGAGCCCGCCGAGCGCCCGGCCUCAGCCCCGCGGCCGGGAGCCGAACAGGUUGGGCGGCUCCGGGCCGUGGGAGGAAUAAUCGCUUGGGGUUGAUUCCGCGAGCUGAGGCGGCCAAACCGGGCGAGGAUGGCACUGCGGAGCCACCCGCGGCAUUGCCAGGUGGCCCCGGCGAGCUGAAGGAGUUUCUAUAGAGCUGCGGCGGAGACGGGCACGGAGAGCCGGGCCGGCGGGGCGGCCGGAGCGGUGCUCGGGCUGCUGUUCAUCAGGGACUCGAUUGUUCCUGAGCUGCUGGAUUGCUCCUGAGCCGCUGGAUUGCUCCUGAGCCGCUGGAUUGCUCCUGAGCAGCUGCAUUGCUCCUGCCCUGCCAGCCCCGCCGCACGGAGCAGGACCGCCGCAGCCCGCCCUCGCUCCGCUGCCCCGGCCUGGCUCGGGACCCUCUGCCCGGCCGCAGGACCCGCGGCUCGGAGCCCGGCCCGGCCGCAGCCCGGAGCCUCCCCGGGCCCCAGCUGAGUCAGGAGUGACUCAUUCCGAGCGGGCUGCCGAGUGAGUUCGCACAUUGGCUGGGAGCGCGGCUCGGGGUGUAGGUGGCUGCGUUCCGCGCUCCAACAGCUCUGCUCCGCGCUCCCUCCUCCUCCUCGCCCUCCGCGCAGGAUAGCUGCCCGAGCCGGGCUCUGCUGCUCCAGGAAGGCAUCUCAGGCGGCUCCGGUGGAUGCGGGCCGUGGAUGGCCCCGGCUCCGCUCCCCAAGGGGCUCUGCGCUGAAGAUGGAUGACUUGGCUCUCCUUGACCUGUUGGAGUGUCCCGUGUGCUUUGAAAAGCUCGACGCCACAGCAAAGGUGCUGCCGUGCCAGCACACAUUCUGCAAGCCCUGUCUGCAGAGGAUCCUGAAAUCCCAGAAGGAGCUGCGGUGCCCCGAGUGCAGGACCCUCGUCCUGGGCAGCAUCGAGCAGCUGCCCUCCAACCUGCUCCUCAUUCGCCUCCUGGAUGGAGUCAGGUGUGGGCAAAACGUCACCAGGUUUGGCUCGGUCCAGAGGUCGGGGCUCCUGUCCUCCCCCGCCUCCAUCAGGAGGGUCCCCAGGGGGCUGCAGCUGCACCAGCACCGGCUGGCAACGAAUCCUCGGAUCCACAUGGAGGGGGUGCCACGAGCCAGGGCGCUGUACACCUACCGCGGGCACAACCCCGGGGAGCUGCGCUUCAACAAGGGGGACACCAUCGUGCUGCUGCGGCAGCUGGACGAGAACUGGUACCUGGGCGAGCUCAACGGCAUCAGCGGCGUUUUCCCGGCCAGCUCCGUGCAGGUCAUCAAGCACCUGCCCCUGCCGCGCCCGCUCUACAGCCCGGAGCCGCGGGGCCGGGACAAGGCGGGGAGCAAGGACAUCCUGAGCAUCCCCAAGCCCAGCAGCCCCGCUCAGCAGCUCCUGCAGGCCACCAAGGGCCGCUGGUCCCCCCCGCCCAAGGGCGCGGCGCUGCGCGCGGCCAAGGCCAAGGCCGCGGACCCGGCGGCUUUCGCCAAGGUGCCCGACUCCAGGCGGAAGAGCCUGCGGCAGUUCUCCAUCACCACGGCCCUCAACACGCUGAACCGCAUGGUGCACGCGCCCGCCGAGCGCCCGGCGCUGCACAUCAGCUCCCCGGUGCUCAUCAGCUCCAGCAACCCCACCGUGGCCGCCCAGGGCAGCGAGAAGGACGAGCUCCCCUGCGGGACCCCGCUCCAGGUCAGCACCUCUUACUACCCCACACCAGGACCACUGGGGCCCCCGGCAGCCAUCGUCACCCUGCCCCACCUGCAGCACCAUGGGCCAGCUUACCUGUGCGUAGCUCUCCACUCCUACGCGGCUCACGGACCGGACGAGCUGGAGCUGCAGAAGGGAGAAGGGGUCCGCGUCUUCGGCAAGGACCAGGACGGGUGGCUGCGGGGCAUGUCCCUCGUCACCGGCAGGGUCGGCCUCUUCCCCAGCAACUAUGUCACCCCUCUCUUCAGGAAAUCCAGUCUCUCCGAGCCGAAGAUGCCUUCCCUGUACACCUCAUGGACGCUGUCCACCUCGUCGCUGUCCUCCCAGGGGAGCCUGUCCGAGGCCGGCCCGAGGCAGAGCCGGGCGCUGCGGCCGCUGCUGCUGCCCGUGCCCGUCCCCUGCCCCGGGCGGGGCGCGCUGGCACCGGCCCCGCUGCGGCGCGGCCGCGGCAGCACCAGGAGGAACGGAUCCCUGCAGAGGCCAGGACAGACAGGGACCCCCGUGCAGAUCACCGGCUCCCUCAGGCGUCCCUCGGCUGCGGGGCGAGCUCCGCACUUCCAGCUUUACCCGCACGUCAGCUCCCCUCCGCACAGCAUCCCUCCCGGAGCUGGCGUGGACGAGACAGCGAGGCCAAACUCCUCCUAUGAGGCUUCGCCGGCGCUGCUGGUCAGGGGAGGGGAGAGCCGAAGCCCCUCCGUGUGCAGCUCGGUGAUCCUGGACGCCAAAGACCCCUCGGUGAAGAGCGAGGCAGCUCCAAAGCCGCCUGCAUCGGCCCCGCCGUCCAUCCUGGUGAAACCAGAAACCUCCCGCAACGGCGCCGAAAAGCAAGUGAAGACGGUGCGGUUCCAGAACCACAGCCCGCCGCCGCCCAAGCGGCACAGCCUGCAGCCCUCGCCGAGGCUGCCCCGCAGCAGGACAGAGCCCGGGCCCGAGGGGCUCCUGCCCGAGCCGCGCCUGGGCCCCGAGCUGCUGCUGCUCUGCUCGCCGCGCCUGGGCUCCAGCCCCCUGCACCCGCGCCGGGCGCUGCACCCCAAGGCGCUGUCGCUGGACCUCUCGGGGCAGCUGACCUUCCCCAUCAAGAAGAGCUACAGCAGCAUCUCAGCGAACUGACCGGGUAACCCGCGCCGGCCUUCCUCCCCGCUCCUGCUCCUCUCCCUCGCUCCCGCAGCGCCCAGCCCCGCGUCCUCCCCGCUGCUCCCGCCUCGGGCAGCGAGCCCGGGGCUCGCAGAGAGCUGCGGGCACCGUGCGGGACCCGGCCCGGGGCUGCGGGGCACGGGGAGGCGCGCCGGGCUCUGCCGGUCCGCAGCGCCGGCCCUGCCCCGGCCGCUGCCCGGGCACCCCGCACGGCACGGAGAUCAAACACUGGCUCAUUACCUGCCUGCCUCAGGGUAAAGAAACCAUAAACCAGAAUCGGUCAGCUCCUGGCUGAUGGUUCACGCUGCCUUUGAGGGUAGGGGGUCACUCAGAUUUUUCAUUACGGUGGUUGCUUCCUUGCUUUUCUCAUUGGUUUUAGCCCAGGAAUUUUAACACAGAAGCCUAAAAGGCGAUUUGGAGGACAAAGAGCCAAUGGAAGGGGCUUUGCCAUCACUGCAGCCACCCAGGCUCUGCAGUGAGGGCACUGAAUCUCCCUUCUCAUUGCUUGUUUUCCUCUGGUCGCCUGUCAGCUACCUCCUGCCCAUGAGCUCCUUCCAGCCCCUUCCCACCACGCACCCACUCAGACGUGGCUGUUGUAAAUAUCUUAGGUGGGAUUCAUGGGUUUCAGAAGCAUGAAACGCUGUCUGUGUAACAGAGAGCAGAACUCAGAGCUCACCAUGCCCCAGACCCCGCUCUGCCCCAGCACCACCAGCUCUGCCUUCCAGCUUGCCCCAGUCCAAGCACUCUCCUGUGAAUCCCAGGGAAGGAGCAGAGCUCUGCUGGCUCACAGCUGUGCCUGCUCUCUGUCAAACCUCUGCACGGCAGAUUUUGGUUUCCAUACUUCGUUUCCAUUGCUGGUUUAUCCAUCGGCAGUUCCCAGCCCUGCUGCAGGCACCAGCUGCCCUCUCCUGACAGGAGGAGCUGUGCUCCCUCCAAAACUGCCCUGAAAUCCCAUCCUCGGUUACCUGCACACAAACCCGGGGGAGGAACUCCACUGCUCAAUGGAGACUCCUCAGAGAAGGACAUUUUUUCCUAUAACUACACAAAGGGAAUGGAUAAAACAAGUCACAACACCACAACCCCUGGACCUUCCCUUGUGGAGCAGGAAAGCCGGGUCUGCCUGCGGCGAUUUUCAGUGGCACAGCAACCUCCGGGGCACAGACCUGUUCUCUGUGUUCUUUGUGCUCUCUGUCAGAAUUGCAGCUCCUGCAGAAACACCGACAAGCUGAAAUUAUGCUCUGUGCCCAGGUAUAAAAGGUGGCAGCAGCUGCAAAACAGAGAGUGAGUCCAACUCAGCAGUGCCACCUCAGAGACAGCUAAAUACCUCAGGGGAGACGUGCUGGUUCUGGGCUGAGGACUCCUGCCAUCCUUUAAAAGCUGAACCAGAAAGCAGCUGGCUCUGUCCCUGAGAGACAUCCACAUACCCCAGCACAGCCAGAAGUGAACAGAAUUGCACUCAGUCCAUCAGCCCCUCUCUCCCUCUGAGAACUAAGAACGCAAACACUGGCUCCAAAACGUUUUAGUUGGAAACACCAGAGCAGCCUGGGACUGUGUAAAAAUCACACAUUUAUCAUUCUCAGGAGGUUUAUUCACUGCCCAAAAGUCGCUGCAGUUGAUUUGUGAAACAGUGUGUUUGAAGUGCAAUCAUAGCUGAAGACUUUUCAGGUUUUCUGUCAUAAAGUUCAGUAUCUGUCCCAUUUAAAAAGUAACUUCCAAAUAUUCAUGAGAUCACUGUUUAGAACCCCAAACUGCCCAUGAAGCCCGUGGGAGCUCCACAGGCUGAUCCCUUUGAACGUGUUCCCAACGGGAAGCGCUGAUGGAUCCAAGAGUGCCUGGGGAACAGCACCCAAGGGACCCCCAGUGUCAGGCAGAGCAGGACUGUAAGGGUAACAAAGGGGGAAGAUCUAUCUGCAUCAGAAUUACAGCCAAAAUAGAUCUCACAGGCAGAAGGGAUCAAUAAAAGUUCCCUAAUCCUUUAUACAACCAAGCAGGGAGUUCCACUGUCUGCUUUCUGCAUCCAGCCCAGAGAAUGCUCCAAUGAAACAUUACAGCCAGGUCACCUCCAGUGAGAAAUCAUAAAUUACUAUUUUUACAUACAUAUCUUAGAAACAGUAGGAUGUACAACCUUUGCUUAGUUGGUGAUGGGUAGGAGAAUAAAUAAAAUAUGUUUAGUUUAUUGUUCAGAGACACUUGUACAAAUUCAGGGAUGCUGAAUAUUUUUUCCAUGAAGAGAAGUUCAUUUUUUAAAAGGUUUUUUCAAUUUAAGGUACUAUUUGGGAGAAAAGUCAAUAAACAAGAAUAUAUUAGUUUCCUGUUUUGUAUUAAUCCUCAAGCUAUUUAUUUUGUAUUUCUGUAAAAAAAGCAAGACAUUUAAAGACAUUUUAAGUUUUCUGAAGUUUAUUCAUCUAAGUUUAUAGCACUAAUGUUUAGCUCUGUAGCCUGUAGAUAAAUAAAUUAAUUGGGGCCAAAUGGAUUGCAGCCCCUCGUGCACUGGGGGGGCACUGGGGAAAACGGGGCUCAGGAAAGCUUUGGCACCCACCAUGUGAGACACCAGCCUGUGGGAGCUGUUGUGGCACCAUUAAAACUUUUUGCAUGAAA